GUGGAAUAAAGUAAGACAUCAAUCUUUUGUCUCUGUCACAAAAGAGUGCUCUCACUAACGUGGGCAUUUUGACUGGAGGCCGAAGCCAGCCUAAGCACCAUUUCAGACAUGUUCCUUCUGUCCCCUCCUUGGCCAGUCAUUUCGGUACACACCACUCUGUCUUACACACUGGAACGAUAGGGUACGAGUGCUUCUCUCCAGCCCCCGCCCAAUACACAUCACCAUCUUAUCAGGUUGUACAAAAUCUCUUGAGAGCCUGCGAGAAAUUUUACCUGGCUCGAUUCGGCUCGACUUUACCAUCCUCUUCCAGCUUUUCGCUUUUUUCGUAUGCCGUCGGGAGCGUGAGUUUACUUAGUCAACUCAUCAUCAGCAUCCAAGGUUGCAACAUCCCCUCCAUGGCCAUCGCGAUCCCGUCGCCAGCUCAGUCGAAGCCCUUCCUGUCUAGUAUGGGUAAUCUAUGGGAGAAUACCUCGUCAGCUUCUAUUCCCAUGGUUAGCGUUAUUUCUUAUCAAUAUCCACCACUACCCCUUGUCAACAUUAAGAUGGGUAUGCCACCUCAAGGCUUUAUGCCUUCCUACACCGUUCCUUUCCAACAGCUUUCUUCCUUGAGCAUGUUUAAUGUUCGUGAUCCUCGGUUAUCAAAUCAAGAGCAUGUUCUGAGUAUAAAGGGAGCAUUCUCAGCACCAGCCGGUGAUCCUUUACAUCCUGCGAAAACAGAUGAGCAACCGCAACAAAUGGGGACAGUAAGGGAGAAAAAGAGAAACAAACUAGGUUAUCGUCGCACUAUGGUGGCCUGUGUUCCCACGACCAUUGAAGUCACUAGGACAGAAGGGUUCCCGCCUGAAAUGAGAGAUGCUGACCAAAGCCCAACUUCGAACACAGGAGAACAGAAUCCAACGUGGCAAACGUAUCCUUCGGAAUCACCCAUGAGCACACAACCUUCACCCUUCGCGUCUGUACCGCCGUUGUCGGUUGGAUGGACAUCUGGAAGCUCGAAACUCACAUCUCAUGGGGACGUGGAUCUUGCUUGGGGUCCCUACGCGCAUCCGGUGCGAUCCAUGUUGUAUGGAGGGGAGCCCUUAGCCAGUCAUCAUCCCUCUCAAUAUCCUCUGAUGGCCUCCAGUCUGCAAUUUGAGCGGAGGCCAUCUGCAUUGUCUGAUGUUUAUAUCACAUCUAUGAGUGGUGUAGUUCCUGGAUUUGAAGCUGGCACUAGCUCCAAUAUGAACCCAGCCGUUCCUCUUUCAGCUGGAGCAGUAACUCCAGCAAACCAUACAGCGUGGGACCAAUCACAACCACGUCCAGGCUACACUUUUACAAAGAACCAAGACGCUUAUGCUGGUGGCUGGCCGUCUGGACGCAAUGGGCGAGGUCACCCAUUACAGGUAGCCGGCCCCAGCCAGGCCCAGCCAGCAAUUCAGUAA